CCACCCCUCAUACACCCCGACAUCGCCUUCCGCGAGUCCCUAUACGAUGCCCUAGCCGACCCCCAGGGUGCCGCGUUCUGGGAGCGCAUUUACGGCCAGCCGAUCCACAUCUACUCCCGCACCAAGGUCAACCCGGAGACGGGCCAGAUCGAGAACAUGGACGACGAGCAGUAUGUCGCCUACAUCAAGGCAGAGAUGUUCAAGAAGACCCAGUCCGGCUUCAUCGAGGAGCAGAAGCGGCGCCGCGAGAGGGCCCAGCAGGCUGCGCAGCGCGCGUUCGAGGCCGAGAAGGCGGCUAGGGAACGGCAGCGGCGGGCUGAGGACGAGAGGAAGCUGCAGAGAGACAUCGAGCGCAGCCUGCGCCGCGCCGAGGACCGCAGGAAGAGACGGGCCAGGGAGCAGAGGUUCGACGAGUACACCAAGCAGUGGAAGGACUGGGACGGCGAGCCGGCCAGCAUCCCCUGGCCCACCGAGACCGGCUCCCGCAAGGAGCUCAGCGAGAAGGGCAUCCGGUCCUUCUUUGUGCGCGGCCUCGACCUCAGGGGUUUCGGCAGCAGGGCGUUCUCGGCCAAGUUGAAGGAGCAGCGGGUGCGGUGGCACCCCGACAAGAUGCAACAGCGGCUUGGUGGCAAGGACAUGGUGGAGAAGAGCGUCAUGGCGGACAUUACGAUGAUUUUUCAGGUGAUUGAUACCCUCUGGGAUGAUACCCGCAAG